AUGCCGAAGACAUCUACAGCUCGAAAAAGCGUCCGUGGACGAACGACGUUGUUGACAGUGCACUCGACGGCCAACGAAGCUGAGCCUCCAAGUGCAAGCAACCUCGGCGAUUAUGACGUGGAAAUGGGUUCGUCACAAACGGCACUUAUGCACAAACGCCCAUGGCUGAGCGUACUAAGUGCUCCUUUUCGUUUCAUCUUAAUCAAAUUCAAACUUCUAUUCGUGAUCGCUUUUUAUUCAGUGUUUGGCGCUUGGAUGUUCAUGACAUUGGAGGUACCAACCGAUUUAGCAGCCAAAGAGGAAGCUUAUCAUGCUCGCCUCAUUGCAAGGGAUGUAAUGAUUCUCAAUCUACGAGAUAUUCAUCAAAACAACAAAGAGGACAGAGAGGAGAGGUGGAAAGAAUCAAUUUUGUCAUUUGAAAAUGACCUAGGACUAGAUGAACCCGUUAGAGAAACCGCUUGGACGUUCUGGAUGGCGUUCCUCUAUGCAGGCACCAUAUACACAACGAUAGGGUAUGGUAACAUCGCCUGUGCAACGACCGCUGGCAAAGUGGCAACCAUUUGCUACUCGAUGAUCGGUAUUCCCAUUAUGCUGGUGAUUCUCAACGACUUAGGCUCACUUUUACUGAUUUGGGUGAAAUAUAUAGCAAAUAACACUUGUGAUCUUCUUCUGUUUUUCGCGGUUCGAAUGGGUGCAAUUGGCCUGAAGGAAAAUUCUGACAGACGAUUACGGUACAUCUUCAUCAGCAGGAAGUUAGCAAAUGCCGGAAUUCUAAGCACAGCAUCUGUCUCCACAACCGUUACGCAAGAAGAACAAGACGGUAACAUUGAAGAGCCAUCACCUGAUCCACCCAUUUUCUCCGCACUGUUUGGUUUGGGAGAUGUGACGCCAGAUCACCCUGAAUAUAUGAUCGCCACCUUCGGUGUGGUGGUAGUCGGUCUUUCAUUGGUCUCGGUGUGUAUCGAUGUUGUAAAGGAAAAAAUUGAACUCAUGUACAUGGCGCUGUUGAAGAAACUUUUACAGGACUAUAUGGAAGCAGUUAAAAAUGGUGAUCCCAAUGCAGCUGCUGGUAUGAUGGCCGGUUUUCAGGGAAAAGCGAAAUUUCUCCUACCGCUGAUAAGUAAAGCCCAAGGAACCAGAGUUAUGAAUCGUUUCAAAGAGGACUGUACAGCUAAGGGCAUCAAUCCUCCAGCAGUAUUGGUUGAUCUGGAUCCGAACACUGGCGUGCCAGCAUUUGCAAACGCCAAUAAGGAGGAUUUUCAUGAAUACAUUGAACACACCGAAGGCCUUCAGCCGAAUCUGAAAGCCAUUUCAUGCGCUGUACAGGUGAGCACGAGCAUAACUGACCGAGAGAAUCAGACAACCAUGAUCGAGACUGCAGAAGUUGACAUGCAAACUAUGGGAGUGUUCAACUUCAACACUGAAGAUUCCUAUUGCCAGGCAAGAGUGCAGUCAAAAGCCGUUCAACCCGAUGUCUCACUCGUACGUUUCAUUGAGGAUUCCGAAACAGACUUCCUUCACAGUAGCGCUUUUACAACAGGAAUCGGUGAUAUCAUCGUAGAAGAUGUGGGAAAGGAAGCUGAAUCAAUAAGCAAGGCAGAACCCACACAACACGUCCGAUUUAUGAAAAGUACAGGUGAACAGCCAGGUCAAACUGAAGAGUUGAAAAGGAUUGCUACGUCUGAGGUGAGUCGUUUUGCCGUGAAACUCGAAGGUGGUCCCCAGGCUCUGACGCAGCGUGUGACGAUGCCCAACGCUGAAGCCGACAUUGUAGACGAACCAGAACGCAUUUCAGAGGUUAACGUCACUUUGACAUUCGUAAAAAAGCCCGUGGACGAGCAUGGAGUAGUCAUCAACGAUUUGGACGAACAGAGUCAAGAAAAGUUGGAAGAAGAUGAUGUGUUUCUAAAUGACAGUGACCUAGAUGAUAUAGAAGAAUUCCUCGAAUCUUUGGUCGAAUUGGACAGAGUCGAGGAAAGCAUUUAUGGGAAAAAUCAUCGAGAGUUUGCAUACGCUGAAAUUUUGCGUGAGACCGGAACCCAGACUGGCGAACUGUUAAUGUUCACUAAGGAUGUUCAGGCAUAUUAUUUCUAA